CCCACCUUAUAUCACGUAUUUCCAAAUAUAUAAUUUGCAGAGUCAUUAUCACUGAUGUUCAUCAUAUCUGAUCACUUAUAUAUAAAAAGGCCUGUUUCAGCCUAAGAUAUUGUUUAAAGGCUAAGAUAUUGUUUCACUGAACUGAACUGGGCAAGGUAUAAACGGUUCGCGGAGUCAAGUACGAAUUCAGUCUUAAAAGAUGGUACAACAGAUAGGUUCUCUCUUGGCUGUUCUAAGCGUUUUCGUGCUUUCGUCAAAUGCCGUUAAAUGUCCUGGGACGGCCACAUAUAAGUUGUCGUGGAAAGCUGAUUGGACCAAAGAAAAUCAUCCGAUGACAGACCUUCCAAGCAAUGCACAUUUUUCGGAUUUGAUAGGUUGUUCUCACAGCGCUGACUACAUCAUGUGGCGAAGAGGACAGAAAGCUUCUCCUGGCGUAAAAUUGGUCGCUGAAAGAGGUCAAACUGGAACCCUCCGAAGCGAAAUAGAGUCUCAAAUCUCUGAUGGAAAGGCCUGGCAGCUCAUCCUACCGAGGUCUGGGCUCGGUGCAGUAGGUGAACUAAACAAUAUUCAAGUCAACGUUACCUCCAACUUUUCCAGGGUGUCUCUGAUCAGCAUGCUUGCUCCAUCCCCCGAUUGGUUCGUAGGAAUUGACAGCCAUGAUCUCUGUGACAAUGGACAAUGGCGAGAGACCUGGAAUGUCACCAUGUUACCCCCGUAUGACUCAGGCACAGAUAGCGGGCAGCAGUUUAUAAACAACAAUCUACCAACACAGCCAGCCGUAGACAUUUUCCGGAUAAAUCACACCAUGGAAGGUGUAUUUAAAGCCCAAAAUCCCAUCCCAAGCCUGGGAGAAUUCCGAUUUAAAGGGCUGAACCUCCCGGUGAUCCAAAUGAAUCACUCUGAUGGCUCGGCUUCCACUGUUAUGUAUAAACCAACUACAUCGCCGAACGACUCAGCCAGCAAAGAUUCUGUUGGCUUGUUCCUCUUUAGUAGCACUACUUUCGUGUUGGCUUGGCUGUAUUAGGAGCUAAUCAUAGAGAAUGUAUAGAAACGAUAUCCCAGGGGUUUCUCAGCUGUUCAGAGGGAAACUGUAUCUCAGGGGAGUACUAUGAUCUGUUACACAUGAAAAUGAUAUCUCAGGGAUGUACCAGCUUGUUACACAGGGAAACGAUAUCCCAGGGAUGAACAAGCUUUUACUUAUUCAAAUCAUAUUUACGUAGGCUAUAUGGUCCCAGCUGAUUAUUUACACUAAAAAGGUCUUUAAGUAUCCUUGAAUCAUUUCAUGAAUUUCUCUCUCCACGCAUGCUCAUCAACCUUGCUGUAUUUAGUGUUGCCCUUUUCGUAAGAGAUUGAUGUUGAAUGUUGAACAUUAAAUGUACGUCUUAUACCGUACACUGUAUUUGG